GGAAUUCUUUAAUGGAGCCUUUCUCUCUCAACACAGGGGAUCAAAAUUUGAAGAAGAAGAAGAAGUAGUGUGUAUAAGAAGAUAACAUGAGAAGAAGAAAAAACUAAAAUCAAUCAAAAGAAUGGGUAAUAAGAUAGCAAGAACAACACAAGUAUCAGCAUCAGAGUAUUAUCUACACGAUUUACCAUCUUCAUAUAAUCUAGUACUUAAAGAUGUAUUAGGUCGCGGUCGUUUUUUCAAAUCAAUUCAAUGUAAACAUGAUGAAGGUCUUGUUCUUGUUAAAGUUUACUUCAAACGUGGUGAUUCUAUUGAUUUGAAGGAAUAUGAACGUCGUUUGUCUCAAAUUAGAGAUGUUUUUAGGUGUCUUCAACAUCCUCAUGUCUGGCCUUUCCAGUAUUGGGUUGAAACUGAUAAAGCUGCUUAUCUGUUGAGGCAAUAUUUUUUCAAUAAUCUUCAUGAUCGAUUGAGUACAAGGCCGUUUCUUAGUCUUGUGGAGAAGAAAUGGUUAGCUUUUCAGUUACUGUUUGCAGUGAAGCAGAGUCAUGAGAACGGUGUUUGCCAUGGUGAUAUAAAAUGUGAGAAUGUAUUGGUUACGUCUUGGAAUUGGCUUUAUCUUGCUGAUUUUGCAUCGUUUAAACCGACGUAUAUACCACAUGAUGACCCUUCGGAUUUCUCCUUUUUCUUUGACACUGGUGGGCGGAGGAGAUGCUAUCUUGCUCCAGAGAGAUUUUAUGAACAUGGUGGUGAGGGGCAAGUCGCACCAGAUGCACCUUUGAGUCAUUCUAUGGACAUCUUCUCCGUAGGAUGUGUUAUAGCAGAGCUAUUCCUUGAGGGACAACCUUUGUUUGAGCUAUCCCAGCUACUUGCUUACCGAAGAGGACAAUAUGAUCCUAGCCAAUCCCUUGAGAAGAUCCCAGAUUCUGGAAUCCGCAAGAUGAUUCUUCAUAUGAUUCAGUUGGAUCCGAAAUCACGACUAUCUGCUGAUAGCUACCUGGAGAAUUACGCAUCUGUUGUCUUUCCGUGUUACUUCUCUCCAUUUCUUCAUAAUUUCUUUUCCUGCUUGAUUCCCCUUGAUUCUGAUAUGAGGGUUGCAGUGACACAGAGUGCUUUUCCUGAUAUACAUAAGCAAAUGAAGAACAAUAGAUUAAAUGGAGAGAUAAGGGGUGGAGUAUCGCGCACAUGCUCUCUCUCAGAAAGUGAGGAUUCUCCCCAAGUGAUGGAGGGUGCAAACCUAAUCUUGAAUUCACCAAAGGAGUCCUCAAAAAAGAAGGGAGAGCUAGAUGAAGGUUUGUUCGGUAAUCAGUUUCAACUACUUGGUGAUAUUUCGACCCUCCUUCAGGAUGUAGAACAAAGAAAUCAUUCUUCCAAUGCCAUUCCCAUGCUUGAAAAUGCGAGAUCCACAUAUGCUUCAGUUCUCAAGCGCUCCAGUAAGCAUUCUCCAACAAAUAUUCUCAAGACUACAUCGAAGGAGUUUCAAGGUAGUGAUCAUCCCGUUCUGAAAAAGAUCACCAAGGGUGAUCUGAAGGAAUUAUCCUCGAAGUAUGACAGCCAGUCGGAUACCUUCUUAACGCCUUCUAUCCCAGUACUCGAACAUAGUUUGAGCUGUGACGAUAUGGUUCUUAUUGCAUCACUGCUGUGUUCAUGCCUACGCAGUGUCAAGCUGCCUCAGUUGAGGAGAGUAGCUGUACUUCUACUCAAAUCUUGUUCGUUGUAUAUUAAUGAUGAGGAUAGACUGCAGCGAGUACUUCCGUAUGUCAUUGCGAUGUUUUCAGAUCCUGCAGCAAUAGUGCGCUGCGCAGCAUUAGAGACAUUAUGCUAUAUUCUUCCCUUAGUUCGGGACUUCCCUCCUAGUGAUGCAAAAAUCUUCCCUGAGUAUAUUCUUCCGAUGCUCUCUAUGCUUCCGGAUGAUCCAGAAGAAAGUGUGCGGAUUUGUUAUGCAAGUAACAUCUCGAAACUUGCUUUGACAGCUUACAGAUUUUCUAUGCAGUCGCAAAGUUUGACAGAGGCAGGGGUUCUUGAUAAAUUAAGUCCACCCUUAAAAUCAUCCGCUCGGCUGAAGGAGGGAAAUGACACCCAACUUGUACAACUAAGGAAGUGCAUAGCGGAGGUUGUUCAAGAACUGGUAAUGGGUCCAAAGCAGACCCCAAAUAUCAGGAGAGCACUUCUGCAGGAUAUUGGGAACCUAUGUUGCUUCUUUGGUCAGAGACAGAGUAAUGACUUUUUGCUACCCAUUCUCCCAGCUUUUUUAAAUGACAGAGAUGAGCAGCUUCGGGCAGUCUUCUAUGGGCAAAUUGUGUUUGUAUGUUUCUUUGUGGGUCAAAGAAGUGUGGAAGAGUACCUAUUACCUUAUAUUGAACAAGCUUUAAGUGAUGCAACAGAGGCUGUGAUUGUUAAUGCAUUGGAGUGCUUGGCCAUGCUGUGCCAAAGCAGUUUUUUGCGUAAAAGGAUAUUGCUUGAAAUGAUAGAACGUGCUUUCCCAUUGCUAUGUUAUCCCAGUCAGUGGGUAAGAAGGUUAGCUGUCACUUUCAUUGCAGCUAGUAGUAAUUGCUUAGGUGCAGUCGACUCUUAUGUUUAUCUAGCACCAGUUAUACGGCCUCUCCUUCGUCGGCAACCAGCGUCUUUAGCUUCAGAAAAGUCUCUCAUAUCAUGUCUCAAGCCACCAGUGUCUAGGCAGGUAUUCUACCAAGUCCUGGAAAAUGCACGGAGUUCAGAUAUGUUGGAACGUCAAAGAAAGAUAUGGUACAAUUCGUCGGCGCAAUCAAAACAGUGGGAAACUGCAGAACUGAACAAGAGCGGGGCAGGGGAGCUGAGUCCAGCGAAGAAUCGGCCUGGUAUGCAACCUGAUUUACAGGCUCACAAACCCUUCAGCAGCUCUAUGCAGCAGUUAGCGUUACCUGAUUCUGAAGAUGAUGAAGCUAAGUUGAGAGCAACGGGGAGUUUUAUGCAUAACAGUGCAGUUGAUAUCCGUGAUCCUCUGAGCUCAGAGAAGUUACAGUUUUCUGGUAUUAUUUCUCCACAAAUUAAUGAUGGGAACAAUUUCAAUUGUGAUCGACCGCCGGAAGGCAUACCUCUCUACUCUUUUAGCAUGGAAAAACGAAGAGGGGGGGCUACUUCUGCAAUAGCUGAUUCUCCACCACAGGCAGACUCCCUUUUGGUUAAUUCAUCAUCGAUGCCUUGGAUUGAUCCUGUUAACAGAUCAUUUGGUUUAACUGGUUCAGCCGUAGCUCCUAAGCUUGUUUCAGGAUCUUUCUGCCUAACUGGUGGUUCUUCAAAGCAGUUUCAAACAUUUGUUCGUGAUUCUGAAAGCAAGGAAAAUGAAAGUACCUAUAUUGGUGGCAAGUUUCAAGACAUGGGUAUUUCUGGAACUCUAAAAGGAAGCUCAUUGAUUAGUGUGGAAGAUGUAUCAGAUGAUGCGAGUGGAUUGUUAUCAUCCUCUCGAGCAUCUGCAAUCCCAGAUGCAGGAUGGAGACCUCGUGGUGUACUUGUGGCACAUCUCCAAGAGCAUCGUUCGGCCGUCAAUGAUAUUGCUAUUUCAGAUGAUCAUUGUUUUUUCGUUACUGCAUCCGAUGAUUCUACUGUCAAGGUAUGGGAUACAAGAAAAUUGGAGAAGGAUAUUUCAUUUAGGUCAAGGCUCACUUACCCCUUGCAAGGGAGCCAAGCAUUGUGUGCCACAAUGCUCCAGGGUUCUUCUCAAGUAGUUGUCGGCGCACGCGAUGGCACAAUACAUAUGUUUUCUGUUGAUUACAUAUCUCGAGGUUUGGGCAAUGUUGUUGAGAAGUACUCUGGCGUUGCUGAUGUAAAAAAGAGGGAGGUGGGAGAAGGUGCGAUUCUCAGCUUGUUGAACUACUCCACUGAAGGAGGCCCUAGUCAGACUGUGAUGUAUAGUACCCAGAACUGUGGGAUUCAUCUUUGGGAUACAAGAACAAACUCCAUGGCUUGGAUGUUGAAAGCGACUCCUGAAGAGGGUUAUGCGUCCUCUAUGGUAACUGGUCCAUGCGGGAAUUGGUUUGUUUCAGGAUCUUCAAGGGGUGUGCUUACCCUUUGGGAUCUGAGGUUUCUUGUACCGGUUAACUCGUGGCAAUAUUCUAGGGUGUGCCCCAUAGAAAAUAUGUGUCUUCUCAUCCCACAACCUAAUGCUUCCAUGUCCGCAACAGCAAGACCCCUUGUCUAUGUUGCUGCAGGUUGCAAUGAAGUUUCUUUGUGGAAUGCUGAAAAUGGAAGUUGCCACCAGGUAUUAAGACUGGCCAACAGUGAUGGUGAAGCUGAAAUGUCUGACCUUCCUUGGGCUUUAUCGAGGCCAGCCAAGUCCAAUGCAAAACAAGAUAUCAGACGAAAUGUGAAUCCAAAGUAUCGAAUCGAUGAGUUGAACGAGCCCCCACCAAGGCUUCCUGGUAUCCGUUCAAUGCUUCCUUUACCUGGGGGGGACUUGUUAACAGGAGGAACGGACUUGAAGAUACGCCGCUGGGAUCAUUCCAGUCCCGAUCGUAGUUACUGCAUUUGUGGGCCAACGUUGAAAGGAAUAAGAAAUGAGGACCUCUAUGAAACUAGAUCAAGUUUUGGGGUGCAGGUUGUGCAGGAGGUGAACAAGAGAUCUCCAGCAACCAAGUUGACAACAAAAGCGCUGCUCUCAGCCGCUGCUACUGAUUCUGCGGGUUGCCACCAUGACUCCAUUCUUUCUCUGGCUUCUGUCAAGUUGAAUCAGAGACUUCUUAUUUCAAGCAGUAGAGAUGGAGCCAUCAAGGUGUGGAAAUAAAGCUUGUAGAAUGAUAUUUGGAUUGACUGAUUGUAUAUAAAUAGUGCAGUUCAUUUAAAAAAACACAAAUGUAUAGUGUAACUUUUCAUAAUGUUCCAUCUUAUCUAUAGCAAAUGUACCCUAAUUUACCCCAUCAGCACAACAUGUAUAGUAUGGUGGUCAGGUGUGUGCAGGGGAAAGUUGGGAGACUUGGUAACUGGAAAAGCCAAAAACAGCCUAAUUAUCUGCUAUCCUCAUUGUUUUUAGUUACAAAUUCACCUUAUUUGUCAUGUUAUGAUCCUUGAAAAUUAAAGG